CACAAUGUUUACCCCCAAAAGCCUUUCGAGGGUUUCUCUCGUCAUUAAGAAAGGCAUCGUCAAGUCUGCAACAAUAAGUUCCACUUACAAAACAAAACUUUUUACCAACAUGGCGGUCCCAUUAUCUCGCGUAUCGCACGUGUAAUUGUUUCAAUUAAUUUAAUGAAAUGUUACAAUAAAUGAAUAUGUCUCGUUAGUCCGGCUCUCGCGUCACUUUCACUGUCCGGUCGUUACUGCGAGCGUCAGUCUGCGUUGUUCGUAAUGAUAUUGUGUGAUGUGCGGCGGAUGUGUCCGAGGUGCUGGUACUAAGGCAAGAUGUGGUUUAUGGGCAGAGUGCGUGCCACAGGUUACAUUCGUGAUAGGUCGCAUAUAAAACGUAAUAACUGGGGAAAUUAUCAUGCUCUGCGAAAGUACGUACCCAUACGGCGAUACACUGAUUGCUGUGGAACGAGAUUGUUCCAAAGUAUUUUUUUCUAGAGCCAUUAAGUACUUAGAUAGAAACUUCAAUAUUAUUGUGAUACGGACGAAAAAAAUAUCUUGGAAUUUACAUCUCGAAUGAAAGAUAGCAAAUCUUAUUUUUCAAUGAGAAACGUACCUAAUUGCUCAGUAAAUGUCUAGUCUGUAGUACAGCUGGUAUAGCCAGGCGUAGUGCAUCGUGUGGUACAGUACAGGUGACUCACGCCUCGUGUCUCGGUCCUCCAGCUCGCCGAGUAUACCUCGGCCGCCACGCUCCGCCGCGCGGCGCCUCCACACAUUACACUUUUUAUACCAUCCGCACUUUUUUCUUGUACUACACCGCUAACACGGUGUCUAAUGAACUUGUUGAAUGCGAUACUUACGUGACACAUGUGUAAGGAAGUUACGAAACCAACUGAAACAUCCUCGCUAGCACUGACUUGGAUGUAAAUCAAGUAUUUAAUCUAUCCAGGACAGUCGCUGCUACCUGAUGAAUGGCGGGGCUGUCGAGAGCUUCUUCAUUAGCGAGGAUACACCAGUCGGCAGCGUCAUUGGUACUCUCAGUGUGAAUGGCGACCCGGCAGAGGAGCAGGGCGACAUAUCGCUGCGGCUGCAGGAGAAGGGCGCGGCCGUGGGCAUCGCGGCCGGCACCAAGAACCUGACGCUGCUGCGCGCGCUCGACCGCGAGGAGAAGCGCGGGCCCUCCAACGUGUACGUGAACGUGCGCUGCGACAGGAGACGAACCACUGACCCCAGCUUCAUAAUCCCGGUGUCGGUGCGCGUGUGGGACGUGAACGACAACGCGCCGCAGUGGGUGGGCGCGCCGUACCGCGUGCGCCUGUCCGAGCUGACGGCGCCGGGCACGCGCGUGGCGGUGGGCGCGCGCGCGCUCGACGCCGACCAGCCCGGCCCGCACGCCACCAUACACUACUCCGUGCUGCCCGGACCCAACCAUGAGUACUUGGGGUUCUCCAAUGAGUUGGACAGCGUGUUGGUAGUGAAGAAGCCGUUGGACUACGAGACUCUGAACAACUUCACGGUCACGCUGCGCGCGCAGGACGCUGGCACUCCUCCACUACACAACGACACUGUCCUGCAAGUACAAGUGCUGGAUGCUGACGACCAAAACCCCAAGUUCACACAUGAACACUACACCGCUACACUACCUGAAGAUGCUAAAGAGGGCACGAUACUAGAAACAUCACCAGGACCGAUAUCAGCCGCAGACCAAGACGUGGGUAUCAACGCACCGCUGCAGUACUCCGCCACCGGGGACAAUGGACGACUGCUGGUGGUGGACAAAGAUACAGGACAGGUCACUGCCACCAAGCAACUCAUCGAGGAGCUAAGCCAACCUAUUACCAUUGUUAUUAAGGCGACACAAGUGGACAACUCGGACCGCUACGCGCUGGCGACGCUGAGCGUGGCGCGUGCGGUGGCGCGCGGCGGCGGCGUGCGGUUCCGGCGGCGGCAGUACAGCGCCGCCGUCAGCGAGGCCGCGCCGCCCGGACACACGCUGCUCACGCUGCACACCGCGCCGCCGCCCGCACACCUCACGCACAAUAACCUCCAGUUCUACGUGUCGGACCGCUCCUUCCUCGACAAGUUUGCCAUCAACAGCGCAGGCGAGGUGGUGCUGCGCCGCCCGCUCGACUAUGAGACUGCGGACUCUUAUCAUUACCAAGUCAUGGUGACCGAUGGUGUCUCGAACGACACGGCAUCAAUAAACAUUACAGUACUGAACGUGAAUGAAUGGGAGCCGAGGUUCCGAUACCCGCAGUACGAGUUCCGAGUGGAGGAGGAUCCGCAGGACGACGUCGAGCUGCUGCCGGUCGGGAAACUGGACGUGUUCGACGGAGACAAGCGCGACACUGUCACGCUGUCGCUGCGGGGCUCCGGGGCUGACAUGCUGUACGUGAACGCGUCGGGCGACAUGUUCCUGCGCGGCGCCGCGCUGCGCUCGCUCAACUCGUCCGUGCUGCACGUCGUCGCCACCGCCGUGGACUCGGGCGCACCACCCAGACAGACUUCGGUGCCGGUAACGGUGCACCUGAGCGAGCGCUUGCUGCAGGCGGGCGGGGGAGCCGGCAGCGUGGCCAGUGCGGGCGGCGCGGGGCCCGUCAUGGCCGUGUUCGCCUGCGCACUGGCCGCGCUCGCACUGCUGGUGUGCGCACUGCUCGGGUACAUUUACAGAGUGCGCCGUCGAUCGAAGCGCAGUGCGGGUGGCUCUGGCCCUGGUUAUGUGACGCAUGAAAAGCCACUGGCAGAUCCUAUCACCCCUACAUCACACCCAACCAGUGCCGCCAGCAACACACACGUGGCCGGGUCUACUGGGGCCACAGGGGCGGCGGGGACCCUACCCACCAGCGGGAGUACGGGGGCGCUGCGGCCCGCGGGGUCGUCCGGCUCACUGCUGAGUGUGAGUGCGGGGGCUAGCACUAUACUUGCCAACUCUACCUCCAGUCUGGACUUACAACAAGAGCAACAGAAUGCUACGCAAGGAGCACAGCCGAAUAGCGUGUCGUCAGGCCGUCAGUCGGGUCGCGGCGGGCGGGCGCGCGUGUCCCCAGCGGCGGCGGUGUCGCAGAUGAGCGACCACCUGUGCGCGCGCGCGGCGGGCGGGCGGUCGGGCGUGGCGUGGCCGGCCGCCACCAUCCCCGCGCGGGUCAAGAAGCUCAGCUGGGACGACGCCGCGCCCGCACACACACACAGGGGAAGAGCUGACGGACGCGACCAACCCCGCGGUGGCCGACCACAUGAACCUCACCGUCUACUUCUGACCGGCGCCGCGCCGCCGACUGACGCGACAUCGGAUCACGAUGCAGGGACCAAGACGUACCCGGAGAUGAGUGAUACCAAGCCGGCUCAAGACUCCUGUAAAUAUAAUCAAGGAGAUAAUGACAGUAAAUCAGAGAAAAAAGUUUUGCACGACAGAUACGCAGAAAGUGAACAUAAGAGUAACAUUGGUAACGCCAUGACUUCGUCGAACGUCGCAAGUAUGAACAAUGUCCCACUACCAGGGUCUACAACCAAACAUUACUAUCCAGCGAGUCCUGCUAAAACUGACCCACUCACGGCCGCUCUCAACACUGUCGGAGUGCCGGUGUACAGCAACCCGGUACCUGAGAGUUAUUUAUUCGCCAGCCACCAUGACCCGGCGCACUACUACAUCCCUGGUUUAAGUGAACCUUCUUCACCAUCCAACUAUCCGACCAUGCUCAUGCCACAUCCUGGACAUCCGAGUCACGCUAUCGUUUUCGAUAAUGAGUCGAGACCACCGAGAAACCGUCCGAUUCCCACUCACAUCUUGGUCACAGCUAGUAAAAAUAAGCGUACGAAGCACCUUAAGCCUCCAUCUAAUAGUAAACUUAAAACUAAACCAGUAACUAUACUGACUCCUGUAACGUUUCCUGUGCAAUCUACGAGCCAGUCUGCUUUAUUUCAUCCAACUUCUAAUUACGCUGCACCAAUGCCAACUAGUCACGUGCGCCACCCGGCAGCAGGGCAUGCACCAACGAAGCAGAACGAGCCAAUAUCCACCAUAACGGGCACUCACUACAGUACUCCCCCCUCUGCCCCGAUGCUACUGGAGGAAGAUCCAGCCCCCCUGUGUGCCAGCAGCCUGCCCCCCGCGUACGCCACCAUAGACCCGAAGAAGCUGCGCGCCAUGCACAUCAGGCCCGCGGUGUUCAAGAGGGGCGCGGUGUCCAACAACCGCCAGUACCAGUUGUUGUGACAGCACUCGGCGCUGGGAGCCGCGCGUGACAAUCUGGUCAGUUAUAAACGUUAGCCAAAUAUGUUCAACUUUAUUAUACUUAUAGGUUCUUUUAUAUCGUCUUACAUUAUCGUGGUUUUUGCGAUGGACGACAAAAGCUUUAUUACAGUGAUGCCACUUACGAAAAAUGCCGUAAUGUGCACCUCUGCCUACCCCUUGGGGGAUACAACGUUGACGUUGCCCCUUACGAUUUACAAAAUGAACAAGUUGGUUGAUGUCUUGGUGUAUUGGGACACUGUGAAACUAAAGAAUAAGCUACAGGCUGUGGGUGUAGAGUACCAUUUACCAAAUAAAUACAAGUAGCUAGUAGUAUCGAUAUGAGAACUAUGUGUGUAAGUGUUGUGAUUAUUUCAUUGUUUGUUAGAUUACAUUUUGUACUCAACUCCUUUGUAUAGUGAUCAGUUAAACUGAUCGAUAACAUUAUUCAUUAUGAACUUUAAACUUACGAACUGUAAUUAAUUGUAAAUACUAAAAUAUAUGAUGUAAGUUAAGUAGUUUUAUACGAAAAUAAAAGUAGGAAUAUUUGCCUUCUAGCAAAUUGAUUAGUUGUCUGAUAGAAGUUAUGAAAUGACCGCUUCCUUCUGUUUGUAUACUGACGUGUGACGGACGCAGAUUGUGUUACAAUAUUUAUUAUUAAAGUUAUUAUGUAGUUCCAAUUUAUAAAUAGUACCUUGAUGUACGAAUUGUUAUUAUAAAGAUUUGUUUAA